CCCGACCGCCGGUAGCCAGUCCCAAUCAACUGCAGGACUCUCUCUCUCUCUCUCCCGCCUGGGUCCCAGCUCAGAGGGACCGAGGGGCGCGUGCAGACUAAUUGCUAGCAGUAGAUUUUCUGGGCGGCUACCCUGUGCCUGGUCUGACCUAGGCAACCGGCGUCGAUCCGAGACCGCCGUAACCCCAAGAGAACGACCCCAAACGUGUUGAUCCUCGGGUCUUCCAUUGUUCCCGUUAUCAUGGAGAACCGACAGCAGCAGCUGCAGAAGAAGGACGGCGCCAAGGUGCCCGAUCCGACAACGACACAAACAAAAGGGAAGCCCAGGUUAUUACUGAUGGGCCAGAGGAGGAGCGGGAAGUCGUCCAUCUCUAGUGUGGUGUUCCACAAACUGCCGCCAAGCGAGACACUCUUUCUCGAAUCCACAGCGCGGAUCCAGAAGGACAGUUUAAACUCCUUUAUGGAGUUCCAAGUCUGGGACUUUCCAGGACAAAUCGACAUUUUCGACAACCCAAAUUUCACCUUUGACAUGGACGCCAUCUUUGGCGAGAUUGGGGCGCUGAUCUGGGUCAUUGACGCACAGGACGACUAUCUAGAGGCCGUGGCCCGGCUCAAUGCCACAAUCCUGCACCUCCAACGCGGCUACCCGCACAUCAACAUCGAAGUUUUCAUCCACAAGGUGGACGGCCUGAGCGACGACUAUAAGCUCGACAUCCAAAGGGACGUGACGAUCCGAAUCCAAGACGAGCUGUCGGACCAGGGCAUCGAGAACGCGCCCGUAAACUUCCAUCUCACCAGUAUAUACAACCACAGCAUCUUCGAGGCCUUUAGCAAAGUGAUCCAGAAGCUGAUCCCGCGACUGGGCCAGCUAGAGGCCAUGCUCACCAACCUGUGCCGGACGUGCCGGUUCGAGAAGGCGUAUUUGUUCGAUGUCAACACCAAGAUAUACAUUGCCACCGACAGCACGCCCGAGGACAUGGCGAGCUACGAGAUAUGCUCCGACUACGUUGAUGUUAUUAUCGACUUCACCGAGGUCUACGGGAGCUGGCAGCGCACGCAAAAAUGGCGUGAUCGCCUCGAGGGGGAGCCGUGGAACCAGCCGCUCGAGGACCAGGCCGCGUGCGAGUGGGCCGAGAGCGGUAUGGUCCUGACGGAUGCCCAGCGGCCUAUAAUGCUGCGCGAAGUCGAUAGGUUUCUGGCUCUGGUGGCCAUCAUGAAAGAGGGCUCGUACGACAAGAUGCCGCAGAUCAACAUGAAUGUCGACGUGGUCGUGAAGGGCCUGACGGAGUUCUUUGAGAUCACCAAGCCUAAGGAGACAAGAGUGACGGACAAGGGCGUGCCGUCGGGAGGUGUUAUCCAGACCUGACUAGGACUUUGGAAUAGCUUCGUCGUGCGUUGCGCUUCUUGGUGUGGUUUGGCGUUGGUAGAAAGGAAAAGGAUCUUCCAAAAACGAGAGACGAAAUACUACUCUGCUUGAUGCAUGGAAUAUGUGCAAAAUGGGGCAAGGUGUGCACGGCCAAGGAACCAGAUGGAUGCUGGAUACCGCGUGUGCUGAUCUUUUGUGAAGAUAGGCUCGGCUGUGCUCGGUUCAGCAGCAAAUACUUGUUGUGCAUCUAACAAUAGUCUUUUAUU